UGCGAUUAUUGUGUGAUGGAUAUUUAGUGUACUUACAUUCGUAGACCAUGUAACUCAUUUGUUAAGUUUUUGGAUAUUCAACGGUUCUGUCACUUUAAGGAAAAAUUACAACACAAUAACUAAACAACAAAAAGUGAAUGUUCAAAAUUUUCUAUUCUUCAAAAAGCAUUCCCAACUUAAGCUUUACAAAUCAACCAAGAUUUUUCAAAUUCAUCAUACAUAAAGGAAAACAAAGAUCAUGACAGGGAUGAUCGAGCAUCGUGAUAUAAUGGAAUCCAUAUCGAAUCCAUUAAAACCUUAUCAAAAUCAAUGUUUAAGUCCAUUAAUAAUACCACCUUCCAACUCGUUAAAUAUUGACGAGGUGGACAACUCAGAUUACCACUUUGAAACCGUGAGGCUGCAGAGUUUUGAAAAUUGGCCAUUAAGUUACAUGGAUCCAUCCAAGCUUGCAGCAGCUGGUUUCUAUUAUACUGGUGAGAGUGAUAAGGUAAAAUGUUUCGAGUGUCAAGUUGAGAUACGUCAGUGGUUAGAAGGCGAUGAUCCAAUGGUGGACCAUCAGCGGUGGUCAGGAAGAUGUAGAUUCAUUAGGAAAAUAUCUUGUGGUAAUGUACCAAUCGGAGUAGAUCCAGAUACAAUUCCUGCACCGAGACAGCGAAGUCGUGACGUUUGUGGUCCUUACGGAGUUGAAUAUCGACCAGGAUCUGGACCAGAUUGUUCCUCGAUAACAUCUACAAGCUUUCAACUGCCAAGCUCAGCCAAGCUCGGAUGUUUUGGAAUUAGCCGACCUAGAGGACCUGUGCAUCCAGAGUACGCUAGUUAUGAUGCGAGACUGCGAACUUUUGAUUCUUGGCCAAAGUCAAUGCCACAGACUAAAGAACAAUUAGCAGAUGCUGGAUUUUAUUACACCGGAAAGGGCGAUCAAACACUAUGCUACCAUUGUGGGGGAGGUUUAAAAGAUUGGGAACCAGAAGAUGAUCCAUGGGAACAACAUGCAAAAUGGUUCUCCAAGUGCUUUUACCUUAAUUUGGUGAAAGGACAAGAAUAUAUUAAUGAUGUCACGGGUCAACACAUAACACCACCAUCUAAAGAGCUGACGGUUCUCCACGGGAUAAUUGAUCAAGAGCUUUGUCAAAACGUGGUAUUUUACCUAAGUUCGACCAACUUGAGAAGGGACUUGCUAAAGAAAUAAGAAAAGGACAGCAGUAUCAUUUAGCUCUUCCGAUUGAAGCUGAUUUUGAAGAAAAUUUGUCAAACACUUUAAACAGUAUUCAACUUACAAUACUUUCAUUAUAUUCAAUAUAAGCGAGACUGAAUUUACGAUCUAGUAGUAUCACAAAGCUUCACAAAUUAUUAUAUGUACGGGAAUAGUUCAAUAUCCGACGAAGGAAAAGCGAACUCAAUUACUUGAAGAGGCGCAUUCUUCAGCUUUAGGAGGUCAUAAAGGAUUUACAAAAACUUUUCGUCGAAUUCGUCAGAAUUAUUAUUGGGAGAAUAUGAAAACUGAUAUUCAGAACAGUGCUUACAGUGUUAAAUUAAAAAAUUAGUUCGCGUAAAAACUAAAAAUCACAUGAUAAUAACGUAGACGCCGGGAACCGUUUGAAAAAAUUUCAAUGGACAUAGUUGGCCAACUUCCCCAAACAACAUUAGGCAACGUAAAUAUCUUAACCAUCCAAGAUAAUUGUACAAAAUAUGUUUUAGCUCUAGCAAUUUCAGACGCAAAAGCGCCAACAGUAGCUGAUAGUUUUGUUCAACAAUUUAUAUGUAUUUAUGGUUCCCCAAAAACAGUUUUGACGGACCCACGUUCAAAUUUUCUAAGUAAUUUAAUGAAAAGAAUAGCAAAACGUUUUAGAAUUAAAUAACUUAAAACAACAGCAUUUUAUCCACAAUCAAACGGGUCUCUUGAACGAUCACACCACGUGUUAGCAGAAUAUCUUACACAAUUUGUUUCAAAAACUUCCGAAUGGGAUGAUUGGCUUGAAUUAGCCAUGUUUUCUUAUAACACAAGUGUCCACGUAGGUAUAAAAUGUACGCAAUAUGAAUUAGUUUUUGGAAAACUAGCACGUCAACCAUCAAAUGAACCUCUAUCAAAACAAGAAAAAUUGCAAACUUACGACGAUUAACAAACAAAUUUUAUAACAAAAUUGUAUGAAAUGAUAUUAUUCCUAGUAACCCCAUCAGAUGCGACAUCCUCGUACAUCAAGUCUCUUUUUUCUAACUCAUUAAACAUUUAUCUUGAGGAUAUUAUUGAUAUUGAAAUCCUGUCUGAAAAAUAUCCAUUUUUAUCUUAUCUAGACGUGUUCGAAUUAUAAUAUUUCACGUUUCUAAUGCGAGUAGUCAUAAAAUAAUGUCAAAUCAAUUACUUAUCUUUAAAAUAUUCCGUCAAUUUAUAAUCAAACAUAUAAUAAUAAUAGCUUCUCACUGAAAAAAGAUCUAUUUUUAGAAAAGUUAGGAACAUAUUUAAAAUAAUUCGAAUAAAAUCAAGAUGAUUCUCGUUAUCCACACAAAGAUAAUUUAUUUCUUACUCCUAACAAGAUCUCUCCAAAAAUAAUUUUUUUUUUUUUUGAAAAUCAUGUCAAGGGUCGAAGAAAUUAACGAAAUAGUCGAGUUUAAUGCCAAUUUUAAUUACUAUGCUUUUGAAAAUCUAACAAAAGAUCUAGAAGAGACUAUUGACUCAUAUACCUCUCUUUUAAGACAACUUUUAGAAACCCUCACGCAUACAGUUACAAAUUCAUGGACCCUCCAGUCUUUUCCCGCUCUUUCUUUCAUUUUAAUCUAAACCUCUCUACUUCUUUUUUUUUAAACAUUUUGCCGUUUUCAAAAAUUAAACAUUUUAUAGUUGAGAACUUUUUAAUUUGCAUGGUAACUAUUCCUAUACCUGAUCCACUUUGACUGUUUUAGGCACCUAGACUCAGCUUAAUAAUCCUCUAUGCAGAGAAUCCAUCCUGGAUCACACCACGUAUUCGGUUUUAUUUCUUGUAGCCCUCAAUAGGCAAUUUCGUAUACCUACCUAUACAAACUCUUAAUCGU